CAAAAUCGAUCUAGAAAAACUUUUUUUUCAUAGCAGACGAAAACACAAAGUUACCAGAACACUCCUAAACAGAACAAAGAGUUGUUACAAACACUCAGCGAAUACAGGACGUGGCAGUUUAACAACACGGAACAAAUCAAUAGUCCAUGAUCUAAGCGACCUUCAGCCAAGGUAGCGUGUCAUAACAGCAAGUCAGCGACUAUCUGGCCUUUUAUAAAGCAAAGACAAUAUUCCAACAGAUUAAAUCUAAAUUAUCAUGGAAGCAGUAAAGAGAUGAACCAUGGGAAAGACCAAAGCAUCAGAGCAGCCAGCAAGGAAAUGUGAUUUGUGUGGAUUCACAAACAAAAAUGCCUACAUUUUCAAAAGACAUAGACUAAGAUGUAGAAGGGAUAAGAAAAAGAUCAAAGGAGGCGGGACCAAAAUUAUAAUCAAACCAUCAGUGUUUGGUUCAGUGUCUAAUAAUCUGUCAUCUCCAAUAAAGGUCGUAAAGGAGAAUGGUACAAGGAAAAAGACUUCCCCUUCAAUUAGCCCUUGCAAGAGAGGACGUAAUUAUAGUUGUGAAAAUUGCAGCUUCACCACAACCAAAUCAAAAGCAUUCCUCUAUCAUGAGAUUCAGGUUCACAGAAAGGCUUAUUCAAUAUUUACUUGCACAGAAUGUGAAUACUCAUCCAAACACAAACAGAAAGUACAGAGACAUCUUAAACUUAUACACAAAAAGGAAGUAGCAUUCUCUGAUGUAAAGGUGGCAUAUAAUGAAGAAAUGAGUCGUGUUGAAGAGAGAAAAGAAACAGAGGAAGAGCAGAAUGAUCCCAGGUUUAAAUACAACAUUGAUAUAAACAACUCUGUUGAUUUGAAUGACAUGGUUGGUAUGAGAAGUAAUAUUGAGGAGGAAAUCCCUGAUGAUGUUGUAGUUGUACUGCCAGAAGCCCCAGAGAAUCCCAAUGAGAACAAGGAACACAUCACAGAAGUUCCAGGAAUUGAAGGAAAAGUAUACAAGUGUGAAUACUGUAUUUUUAAUAGCAACGAUAAGAGCAAAGUAGCAAAACAUGUUGUUACUAACCAUUUGAAUGCAAAACUGUUCCAGUGUACCAUGUGCUCAUUUACAACUGGAAGGAAAAUAGAAUUUGUAGCUCAUAAGGCCAAGCACAGGAAGUUGCCAGCGCAACAGAGUGGUGAUUGCUCUUAUUCAACUGAUAAUAAGCUGGACUUUGACAGUCAUCGGGAAAAUCAUAAUGCAGAUAAUAUGUUCCAUGAAAACACUGUUGACAAUUUUCAGAUGUCAUCUCAGGGAAGUUUCAGUAACGAUUCAGCUUACAUCGAAGAACCUCAAAAUGAUGACAUGAUGACAGAAGGUCCUUCUGCUGGAAGGAACUUUGUCAUGGGUGUCCAGAAUACUGGAACGGAACAGUAUUAUGCACAUGCAAACACGUACAAUGCUGAUUCAUCUUUGGAUUACUAUGGUGACAAUGAUAACAGUUUAAUGUCCAACUACAACAAUUCAAGUAUGAACUGGUCUACCGACAAUGACAGUUUUAACUAUCCAUCAACAUCAAAACAAGCAGCAAAAAGAGGAGAAAAAUUAGCAUCCAAACAAGCAGCCAUUUUACAAGGAGCUGAUGGAUCAUUUGUCUGCCCAUUGUGUGGUCUCAAAUAUAAACGCUCUUCUGAUCUGAAUAGACACAUGAAACAAAAGCAUAACAUUAGGAUGAAAGAUUAUUUGGACCAACAACCAACAAUGGUACAAUCCCAAGCCCUAGAUUUACCACCAGCACCAACCGAUUCUCUACCUCCACCACCACCUCUUAUACCAGCACCAAAUCAGCAAGAUAAUUCCAUGACAAAUAUUGUACAAAAUCAGGUUGUGGAUGAUGAUGGUAAUAUAGUAGACAAUCAGUUGCCAGAUGUAGACAGCAGUUUUACUGACACAGGUUUGAAAUGUCCAUACUGUCCAUAUGAGGCCAAAUGGCAAGAUGAAUUCAGGAAACAUCUAGCAAUUCAUCAGAUUGAGAGACGUUACCGAUGUCCACACUGUGAUAAGCAGUACAAAUAUGUUGGGGAUCUAAAUGUGCACAUUCGUAGAGAUCAUAAGAAAGAACCAGAGGCAGGGGACUUAAUUAGAGUACCAACUAUACCUAAUAAGAAAUCAUCACCAUCACUGUUCAAAUGCCCUGCUUGUCCAUUUACCUCACAGUGGAAAACUGAAGUGGAUCGACAUUCAAAGUAUCACAUUGAUGAUAAGCCUUACAGAUGCAAUUACUGUGACUACCAGACACACUGGAAAGGAGAUAUAAGACGUCACAUGUACAAACACCAUCCAGAGAUUAUGGGUGAUGACACUAUCCUUGACAAUGUUAUUACCAUUGAUUAUGAAAAGUUGACUGCAAGCAAAGAUCUUCCAUUUGAAAUGGAAAGUCAGAUGAAUGAAUCGUAUGAAAACAAUUACAGCAUGGAUAUGAUGAAUGAUACACCAGAAAACAGCAUGGAUCAAAGUUAUGAACAAAUGGCACACAGCUAUGAACACACAGAUAUGUCAUACUACGAUUCUGAACCAUCAAGCCAUGAACCUUCUCCAGUCAAGGAACUUUCACCUGAAAAUGAUAGCAUCAGUGGAAAUACAGGGGAAGUAACAACAUUUAAAUGUGAAUACUGCACAUUUGUAACCAAUGCACCAUCAAAGUUGAAAGCACACGUUUCAACUCAUAUGAAUCUGAAACAAUAUAUGUGCCCAAUAUGUGGUAGGAGAGCCAAUUGGAAAUGGGAUAUACGUAAGCACAUAAAAAAGGCCCAUCCUGAGACAGCACUGGAUGUUGUCAAACUUAGUCGACAGGAGGCAGAAGCUACCAUUGAAAAGUAUCUGAACUCUAAUCCUGUUGUCAGACGUGAGCAUCAUUUGAAUGUUGCUCUCAGCCAACCACAGACUGUGCUGGAUGAGACUUCUGAAAUAAAAAAUGGAAAAUGUUUCAAAUGCAGUGCCUGUGGAUAUGAAUCUAACCAAAGGUGGAUUGUCAGCAAACAUAUUCGUACAGUACAUCCAAACAUAGAAGUUAGUAUCAUCUACAAGGGUAAUAACAUCAAUCGUAACAUGAUGACUCUAAUGCCAAGCAAUGAAUCUCAAAUGGAACCCUUUAUAAUGAGCAACGAAAGAAUGGACCAUAACAGCAGUCCAAUACCGACAACCAUCUUAAAUGUACCUAAUGUGAACAAUGAAGCAAGAGUCACACCACCAAAGAAGGAAAGCAUGUCUGACAAACCAUUCAUCUGCAUGGACUGUGGCAAACAGUGUGCCAGUAAGGCAGACAUUGCUAGACAUUAUUACUACAUGCAUCGAAAUAUGCCAGUGAAAGUAGGUUACAUAACAGAUAAUGGCAUUGUUCCAAUAGAAAAAGAUGAUCAAGGACCAAAAUCAAACAUGCAAAUGAAACAGCAAAAAGGCAAUGAAACAUCACCUGAAAAAUUCUUACCUCUUGAUAUUAAACCUUUUAUGUGUGCAGAAUGUGGAAAGCGUGCAGCUCUGAAAGGUGAUGUGAAGAAACAUUAUAAUUACAUGCAUCCUGGAAGUGAAGUUCGCAUCAUAUAUGUUGGUGAUGGAAUGCUUGAUUCUGGUAUGGUUGAGAACCCUUACAUCAUUGGUCCACCAAGUGAGAAAAUGGAUAUGGAGAAGAUGGAUAUGGCAACUGUUUCACCAAAGACAGCUAACAAGAAAGCAGGUCUUAUCUCGGCUAAUCCCAAAACAUUUGGUUACAUCAAACCUUUCAUGUGCUCAGAAUGUGGUAGAAGGUCAAACUGGAAAUGGGACUUGAGCAAACACAUGAGAAUAAGACAUCCUACUACUCCAUCACAUAUAAUCACACUAUCUGAGGCAGAAGCCAGAGCAACUUAUGAGUCUUAUAUGCAAGAAUUCAGUCAAUCUGUCCAUACUUCACCAGUAAAAAAACAUCCAAGUACAAAAGUUAAUGAGAAGGAAUAUGGGUUGAUAAACUUCAAUAGGAGUGCUUACAGACAGUUUAAAUGUUCUGCAUGUCCAUAUCGAUCAAAUUGGAGGAGUGAUUUGCUGAGGCACAUUAAAAGAAAGCAUGGUGUCACCAAAGGUCAUCUGAUAAUUAUGACGAUUGAUGCAGCAAAGGAAAGUCUGACUACAUAUGAUUACAAUCCAAGAAAAAGAAGGAGAAGUGGUGUCAGAGAAGGUGAAACAGGAGAGGAAAAAAGCGAAAUUAGAGAACCAAGACCUAAGGGACCAAAGCACAGUGAGGCUGAUAAAAUGGGGAAAAUUUGGAAAUGUGCAAGAUGCUCUUUUGUCAACAAAGAUAAGAUGGUAGUUGCAAGACAUUUGUACAGUCGUCACAGAGUUAGGGCAUUCACUUGCAUGAAAUGUCUUUAUGCAACCAAUCACAGAAGUUCAGCCUACCGUCAUAUCAAACAAAGACAUGAAACUGAAAACAUUAGCAUCUGUAAAAUUGGAAUCAAAUACAUUCGAUUCGAUCCAUCUAGACACACCUAUGUGAAGUCAGCUAUUGAAAAGGCUAAGGCUCAAGGAAUUAAUUUAGAUACUGGCAGUGCUGCAGCUGUAGGAGAAAAUGGACAACUUUUCCCUGGUUUUGAAAAUGCAGAAGAUUUUACAGAAGAUGAAAAUUUGAAUUUAAAAAUGGAAGAAGAUGUGGAAGAUGACUUUGAAACCACUCUUGACGAAACUGAUAAAGAAGAAGAUAAAGACGAAAUCAAGGAUACUUACACAUUCAAAGAAACAUUUAAAUGUAAACUCUGUACAUUCCAGUCAACAUGGAGAUCAUGUGUCUGUCGUCACAUUAGGCAAAAACAUAAAUCCACCAACUACCAACGACACAUCAAAUGUAUAAAGAAGAUUGUGAAAAAUAAUGGAUUAGAUGAUGAGGAAAAGGACCUAAAACAAUAUAUGUGUACUGUUUGCCCAUAUAGGACUGCUAAAAAUAAUUUGUUGACACUACACAUGAAUUGCCACAAGCCUCAAAUUGGAGUUCAUCAAGAGAAAUGCAGGUAUUGUCCAUACUAUGUCAGGGCACCAAGACUUAUACAACAGCAUGAAAAACUCCAUCUUGAAGAACAAAGAAAGACUGAGAGUGUUGAACUAACUUCAGAAGAGCCACUACCAUCUACAUCAACCAAAGAGGAUUCUGUAUUUAUUCAGCCACAGACACCAACACCAACAAAGCGUCACCAAUGUCAGAAAUGUCCAUACAGAACCAAUAGUAAGAAUGAUUUCUAUUAUCACAAACAGUUUCACAGACCAAAGCCAACAUCUGAGUUUAAAUGUGACGAGUGUGAUUACUGGGUAGGACUAAGGCGACUUUUAAAACAACACAAGAAAGUUCAUGAAGCUGAUUACAAAGACAGAAGGUCAUCCACAUCAUCCAUACAGUCAUCACCAUGUAAAUCUGACUUCUCAGAGUCCAGUCAUGUUUACGAUUCAGUGCAAUUAGCCAUGUACAAGCAAAAGAUCAUUUCUUCAAAGAUUCAGCCAAGUAUUUCUCACUCGCCAGUCAUGUCACCAAUGAAAAUUGCAUGCACAGUUGGAAAUCGCCCUGGAUACAUCAUGAAAAAUGGAGGCUACAGAAAAAUUCACAAAUGUUCAAAAUGCCCCUAUCAGAAUGUUCGACUUAGAAACUUGCGUCUCCAUGAACUAAUGCAUGGCUUCCGUAAAAGUAAAAACCAGCUGAUGAAAUGUCCUGACUGUGAUUACUAUGUUGGAUCCAAAGGACUGCUCUCACAUCACAUGAAGGUACACCUUCCCUCCUACAUGGCAGAUAAUCCAGACAAAUCAAGUACAGAGACCGAAAUCGAUGAUUAUACUGGAGAUGAGAAAGAUUCUGAUAUUUCUGACAUUCAGUUUGAGACCAAAGUUGAUACUUUGUAUGAGAUUGCAAGGUUUAAAAAAUACAGCUGCGAAAAAUGUCCUUAUGCCAGUGCCAAACGGUCUCACUAUGAGAGACAUGUGGAAAUACAUGGAAGUAAACAACGACAUAUGUGCAAGUAUUGUGAUUACAGUGUUCCGUCCAGAAACCUACUGGUACAACAUGAACGGCUACAUUGCACUCCAAAUCAGAACCUUUUAGCAAUACAGUCAUUAUCAAACUUGAUGCAGUUACCAGAGGUACCAGCAGAUGUUGCUUUGGCUAGUGCUUUGCCACCAAUUGACACAAAAGAGUCUUUCAAAGUUAGUGUCACACAUGACCAUAUUGAAUUGUAUGAGAAUUCCAACCAGUUUGAUAUUGAGCCUAAAAAACUUUACCGAUGUGAUAGAUGUCCAUAUGCAAAUGUAAGAAGAGACCAUUUAUUGACACAUUUGAAAUUUCACAUGCUUAAGAGUACUCUUGCAUGUCCAUACUGUGACUACAGUGUUUCCAAGACUCACCACCUGUCACAACACAUCAGGGUCCAUUUCUGUCCACUGCCAGAAUUGUCUAACUGGUUAGCAGAGAAUGGUCAGCUUGACCGAGUCAAACAGAAUAAAGACCCAGACAUUAGUGAGGCAUUGUAUGUAGCACAGCUGUACAAACGUGAUGGGCAAAAACAAUCGGAGGAAAAUGAGGAGGAACAAUGUAAUGGAGAGAAAGAAGAAGAAAAGGGAGAGGUAAAAAUGGAGGAAGAAUCCUGUGAUUCCCCAGCUCAGAAAGAGAUGAAUGGUGUAGAAAAUGGUGAUGAGGACAUGACACCAGUCAAAGAAAAUAAACAAAUAAAUGAAGCAUCUAAGUCUUCUGAAAGUGAUACAGACAAUGAAAUCUCAUUUAAAGACAGUUCAAUUAUUAUAUCACCAACUAUAGCUAAAGAUAAUUCUGAAGAACCAGCAUCAGAAAAAGAUGUCAAAAUGGAGGAGGAAAAGACCGAUUCAGAGAAUAGCGAGAAGAGUGAUGUAUACAUCUGCCAGUACUGUGAUAGAGAGUUGGACCAAUCAGACCUAUUGGUUCAGCAUGAAAUGCAACAUCUUAUUGGCAAUAAUUAUGAGGUCUACCUCAAUCAGUUUAUAUCAAGUGAAAAAGAGGAAGAUAUUGAAAAACCACCUGUUUUAGUAGAAAAUGGUGAUGAAGGUGUAGAAUUUCCAAAAGAACAAAAUGAAAAUGUUACUGAAAAUAUGGAAGUUGAACCAGCAAAGGAAGAAAAUACCUCUAUUGUGAAUUCCUAACAUUUAUUUUAGAUUGUUUACACAUGUAUACAUAUUUACACAGUUUUACAGAGAACAAAUUACAUGCAACUAGUUUGGCUUUGAUAGGUCAUAAUUGAUUAAUGCAUAGCUUUCACCCCCCCCCCUAUUUCAUAGGAAGAAAUACUAUAGUAUAUAUGCCUAUCUAUCAUAAAUAUAAUUUGAUUUUCAUAACCUUGCUAAAACAAGUCUUUUAUCUUCAAAGGUUGAUGUUUCUUUCAGCACUAGAUGAUUUUUUUUUUAAUUUGUAACAGAGCUGCAAAAAUUACUUGAACCUUGAAUGAUAAUUUACAAAAUUUAAAAUGUGCUAUUGUAAAUUCUUAAAACCUUCAAUUAAAACUGAAAAAGCAUUCAAUUAUGUGUGGGUAAUAUCACUAUAUGUUGAUUUUUCUUCUACUAACAAUGUUUGUUUCUUCAACUAGGGAAAAGGCAAAAUUAUAGAUUAGUUUUUGUACUGUGUACAAUUCUUUGAAGUCGUCAAUUUUUGUUUCAGUAGAUAUUUUAAUAGAAGGAUUGUAAGAAAGAAAAAAAAUCUUGCAAAAAUACAUAACCAAAUCCUAUUUUGUAACUUGUAAUCCUUAAAAAAUUUUGGAAGUAAAUCACAAAAAAGUGAUACUUCUGGGUGUGUUGUUUCCAAAUACAGCAGCAUUAAUAUAUAUUCUAUUUUAACAUUUACUUGUUGCACCAAUUGAUUUCACAUAAUGGAUAAGGUGGUAGAUUUUGUAUAUGACUUAUAGUGUGAAUUUAUUUCAAUCUUAAAAUACAUUAAAAUCAUAACGAUAUUGAAAAAGCUCUAUGACAGUUAAGUUAAAAGUAUGCUUUGAAUUUUCGACUUCAAAUUUAAUCUGUUUUGAAUAAAAAACAUAUAUUCUGGUAGAUUUAUAACUUUCAAAAACUUUCACAUGUUAUAUGUGUAGUUUUGUGAUAGAUUUUGUUUUGAUAUACAAACAAAUUUAGUUCUUAAUUUCAAAGUUGUAUAAAACCAUUUAACCAGAUUUGUCAACUUUCAUUCAAUUAAUAUUGUUGAAUGGAAAUAUUGAAUAUUCAGUUAUUGAAUCAAUAUAUAUAUAUACAUAAACAUAUACAAUGUUGGAUAGUAUUUAAUUCUUUUUUGCUACAAUGCAUGCUUCCUUUCUUCGAUAUCAGUCCUGUAAAAAUAAUUUCUUGCUUGUUGACAAUGUUUGUUCAUUACACAUGUUUAUUUUGGUCAAUUAUUUUUGAAAUUUAUCUUUACUGAUAUUGCUUUUGCUGAUAUUGCUUUUGCUAUUAAUGCAUUCAUUACCUUUUAGAUUAAUAAUAGCUAGAUAUAACAUAUUUGAAAUCUUAGUUCUGGUUAAUAUUUUCAGCACAUGGGAGAUAAUCUUUAAUACAAUUCAAAAUUAAUAUGAUGUUAUUUUAUAAAAGAGAACACUGUACAAAAGAUUGUAUAUGGAAGAUGAUGAUAACUACACUAGAUAUUUAUUUGUGUUUAUGUACCAAAUGAUUAAUGGGUCAUAUCAGAAACAUGAAGGUUUCUGAGUAUUUUUAAUAUUUAAACUAAAAUAUAUACAUGUGUGCAGGUGUGUACACACAAUUUUAUCAUUAUUUAUUUGUUGUCUCUAAAAUAUCCUUAGAAAUAAAUUAUUCAACUGAUGUGAACAGGAUAUCAAGAGUUUAGCAAAACCUUUCUGGUAGACUUUUGAAACUCAGAUUGUUUAUAAAUGUUUAGAAUUUCAAAUUACUUCCAUCACUUUACCAGAGAAACCAAAAACUGUAUUUCUUUAUUUUUUCAAGUAUAUGAUGAGGAUUCAUUAUUUUUCAAUUGAAGGAUAAAUGUUGAAAGUAAAGCAUCAACUGUAUAUUUUUUAGAAAAAUAUUGAUAAUUUGUUUGUAUGUUAUUUAUUAUCAGAUCUUUUUGUAUACCAUUUUACUAUGAGUGAUGGUAGUAUCUACCCAAAAGGGUAAUUUUCUGUGUCUUUUUUUUUUGACAGUCUUUUGUCUGAAAACAAAUAUUCUAUAUGUAGAAUUUUUACUAAAUAUUUAUUUCUAUCAUGUCUAUAGAAUGUUUUAUGCACUUCUUUUAAAAGUUUUUGUCAUACUUUUGAAAGGAAGCUACAAAGAAAGUAAUCAAGUUAUUUAGAAAAGCACUUGAAGUGGAGGUUCCUACUACUUUUUAUGAUAAAAGAUUAAGUAAUUAAAAGUCUUGACAUAGAAUAAUUUGUUAGAAGAUUAACUGCUUUGCUUUUGCUUAUAUGAGGGAUUGGACAAGGGGAAUUCAAAGGUUGAGGUGGUGGAAUUUAAUCAGGGUUUAAACCUUCCCCGCCUUCCCAAAAACUUAUAAGGAUGAAAAACCAUGGUUUUGCUACUGAUUUAAUUGGAUUUUUUUUUCUCUUUCACAUUUAUAUACUUUCUCUAUUGCUGCACACAUUUGAAUAUUUAUAUUGUUGAUUUGUAUGUUAUUGGUACCAAUGAGUUGAAAACUAUAUGCAAAAAUUUGUACAGAAUGCAGAAUUUUAUAUCUAUACAUAUUGCUUAUAGUCAAUCAUUAAUAAAUCACAUUUUAUAACA